AUGCAGUAUUCUCUGGGGUUUCAUGUUAAUUUCUUGAAGGCCUUUGAGGUAGUUGAAGUUCUAGUGAAAAACAUAGACUUCCCACGUGACCUUGUCAAGUACCUUAGUCAAGUGACGGAAUACAUUUUGGAUACCUGUGCCUGGACCUCUCGCUCCUCCAUUUGGUCCAUCAUCAGAGCUGCUUCUCGUGCUCCCUCCGUUGAGGACAUCUUUCCACCCGAGCGGCUUGACGAG